UGUCAGCGACCAGUGCUUCAGUGAGGAGGAAAGUGCUGCUGAGUGUGAGUGCAAUUGGCUUUUGAAGCAGGAUGAAGUUGGUGGAUCAGCAGUAAAGGUCAUGGGCAGCAACUGAAGCUUUGGGAAAGAUUUGGGGGACCUGUUGAUGCUGAGCUUAAGAUGCCUUCCAAAUCUGUUUAUUGCAUCUUUUAAGAAACCAACUUAGGACAAAUGAAACAAAUAAUCACCAGUAGCCUUGACAUCAACAUGAACUUCAAUCACAGUCUGCCACUUUCGACCAUGGAGCACAUUUUGUCAUAGAUUCUAGGUCACAGCUCACUGUUCCUACUAGUUUGACAGACAACAGCUCCUUCUCGUGCUGUGCCAGCACAUCCCUCAGACACCAUGGUGAAGGUUGGAGUGAAUGGAUUUGGUAGGAUCGGACGCCUGGUCACCAGAGCUGCUUUUAAGUCUGGCAAAGUGGAUGUGGUGGCCAUUAAUGACCCUUUCAUUGACCUCAACUACAUGGUCUACAUCUUCCAGUAUGAUUCCACUCAUGGCAAGUUCAAUGGCACAGUCAAGGCUGAGAAUGGUAAGCUUGUCAUCAAUGGAAAGUCCAUCUCCAUCUUCCAGGAGACAGUUCCUGCCAACAUCAAAUGGGGUGACGCUGGUGCUGAAUAUGUUGUGGAGUCCACUGGUGCCUUCACUACCUUGGAGAAGGCUGGAGCUCACUUGAAGGGUGGGGCCAAAAGGGUCAUCAUCUCUGCCCCUUCUGCCAAUGCCCCCAUGUUUGUGAUGGGCGUAAACCAUGAGAAGUAUGACAACUCCCUCAAGAUUGUCAGCAACGCCUCCUGCACCACCAACUGCUUGGCUCCCCUCGCCAAGGUCAUCCAUGACAACUUUGGCAUCGUGGAGGGACUCAUGACUGCAGUCCAUGCCAUCACUGCUUCCCAGAAGACUGUGGACGGCCCCUCUGGGAAGCUUUGGCGUGAUGGCCGAGGGGCUGCCCAGAACAUCAUCCCCACUUAUACUGGUGCUGCCAAGGCUGUGGGCAAGGUCAUCCCUGAGCUGAAUGGGAAGCUGACUGGCAUGGCCUUCCGUGUUCCUACCUCCAAUGUGUCAGUUGUGGAUCUGACCUGCCGCCUAGCGAAAGCUGCCAAAUAUGAUGACAUCAAGAAGGUGGUGAAACAGGCAUCACAAGGUCCACUCAAAGGCAUCCUGGCCUACACUGAGGACCAGGUUGUCUCCUCUGAUUUUAACAAUGACACCCAUUCCUCCACCUUCGAUGCUGGGGCUGGCAUUGCCCUCAAUGACCACUUUGUGAAGCUCAUAUCCUGGUAUGACAAUGAAUUUGGCUACAGCAACAGGGUGAUAGACCUCAUAGUCCACAUGGCCUCCAAGGAGUAAGAGUCCCCUGGACCAUCACACCAGCCAGAGCACAAGAGGAGGAGAGAGGCCCUCAGCAGCUGGGCAAUCCUUUUCCCACUGAUCCAUUACACUGAGAAUCUCAACGAGUCUCAGUUCCAUCCCAGACCCCCGGGAGAAGAAAAGGGCUUAGGGACCCAUGCCUUAUUAUGUAUCAGCAAUAAAGUACACUGUACUCA